AUGUUGUGUUCGUCAAGGAGGAAGAAGAAGAAACAAAAGAAGAUCAAUUUCCACAAGAACGGGAGCUUAUUGCUUGAGGAACUCAUAGCAUCUUCAGGGGGUAAAUACAAUCCCAUCCGUACAUUUUCUUCCCACCAAAUCCUUCAAGCUACAAACAACUUCGACUUUAGCUACGCAAUCUGCGAAGACAGAUUCGUGUGGUACAAAGGCACGGUUGAAAACAGAGCCGUGCUGAUCAAGAACUACAAAGAGGAGCCCUUUAACUUUGCCGCUGACAAUAUCUACCGUGACAUAGCAGUCUCAUCGAUGAUGAGCAGUCACAAGAACGCUCUCAAGCUUUUAGGGUGUUGUCUGGAGUUUCCUAGUCCGGUUCUCGUGUGUGAAUACCCGGGAAAGGGAGCUCUCACCUAUAUGAGUGCAGGGGAAGGCAUCAAGCCAUUGGCUUGGAAUGUGAGAUUGAAGAUCGCCAAGGAGAUCGCUGACGCUGUAACGUAUCUUCAUACUGAAUUCCCUAGGACUAUAAUCCACAGGGAUUUAAAGCUUAGAAAUAUUUUCUUGGACGAGAACUGGACUGCCAAGAUCUCUUCUUUCAGCAUCAGCAUACCGAUUCCGGAGGGAGAGUCAGGUGUAGAAGACAUUGUUUGCGGGACAAAAGGCUUCGUCGAGCCCGAGUAUUGCUCAACAGGUUUCGUCACUGAGAAUGUUGACGUCUACGACCUUGGAAUCAUCAUGCUAAGUCUUUUGACAGGAAAGUCUGGAUUCACCCGAGAUGAUGAUGAUGCUAACGACUUUGUCCUAUUGCCUGACUAUGUUGAGAAGUGUCUGGAGCAAGAACUGUUCACCAAAUUGAUAGACCCAUCGAUGUUAAACAGCGCAGAUAACGAUAUUCCUGAUCAUUCAAGACUGCAGAUGGAAGCAUUUGUUACACUUGCUUUGAGAUGUAUCAGAUUCAGACCAGGAGAAAGCAGGCCUCGCAUGAUAGAUGUUGCAAAGGAACUCAAGCGUAUAGAGAAGCAGACCUGA